AUGAGUGACGGAACGACAGCUUUAAACCCUUUAUAUUAUGACAGUUCAUACAAUCCCAUGGAGUCACUUUUGACAUAUGUCUCGAUAUAUUCCAACGAGACCACGAUCUCGUUCCAAAACCUCCAAGAUCAAGUGCGUACUACUAUGAACCAAGCCAUUGUGUUUGGCACAAGAAUAGGUGCCGCCGGGCUGGCUUGUAUUGUGCUCUGGAUGGUAUCGAAAAACAAAAAGACGCCAAUUUUCAUAAUCAAUCAAACUACUUUGGUUUUGACAAUCAUUCAAUCUUCUGUUUAUUUAGGGUACCUGUUACACAAUUUUGCUGGAGUUCCAUUCCUUUUAACUCUUUUCCCUCAACUCAUUCAUAAAUCUGAUAUUCAUUUGGUUGGAGCUGCAAACAUACUUCAAUGUCUGUUAGUAACAAGUAUAGAGACAUCGUUGGUUUUCCAGGUGAGGGUUAUUUUCAAAUCUGACAAUGAAAAGAGAAUUGGUAAUAUUUUAUCAGGGAUUUCAGCUGCACUGGGCUUCACAACUGUUGUCAUGUGGUUCGUUACAGCAAUAAAAUAUUUGGUAGAAUUUUAUGUCGAUCCAAUGAAGCGUAUUGAUAAGCUGUACUUUAAUGUUUCUACCAUAUUGCUAGCCUCUUCUAUUAAUUUCAUGACUAUCCUCCUUUCCGUAAAGUUAAUUAUGGCUAUUCGUGCAAGGAGGUUUUUAGGAUUGAAACAGUUUGAUUCCUUCCAUAUUUUGUUUAUUAUGUCAACGCAAACUCUAAUUGGUCCAUCGAUAAUGUAUAUUUUGUCAUACGCCUUAAAGACUGAAUCAACAGAUAUAUUAGCUUCCAUUGCCACUUUAUUGACUGUUCUCUCAAUGCCAUUGACGUCGAUGUGGGCAGCUGCUGCAAAUGACGCUCCCGCUCCUAGUUUCAAUCCUCAAUUUAGUCCUCACAGUAGAUACAGUGAUGGUUCAUCCUACCUAUCUUAUGGAAGGACCACCCUACAGGAUAAGUAUUCAUUCACUAAAUCACCUCAAAAAUCAGAGGGAUACAGCUCCAAAGAUUCAGAUUUGUCUACAGAUUUGGACGUUGAUUUAGAAUCAGGCAGAUCAAUUGAUAAAUAUCAUGGUACCGUAACAUUUUUGAAAGAAAAAGGUAGUAACGGAAUGGAUAACAAUAUAAGGCAUUCUGAAAUAUACACGCCUGAAACUGCCAUAGAUGAAGAGACCAGAAAUUUUUGGGCAAAUGCAAGGUUUGUUCAGAAAGAUGAUAAUUUAAUGGAAUCUAAAACGGUCUUCAAAGAAUCACGCUAA